AUGGCGACAGGCGCUGGCGAGUGUCCCAGCAAGGCCGUCCAGUACCGGGUGGAUCAUCUCCUCAGCGCCGUGGAGAGCGAGCUGCAGGCCGGCAGCGAGAAGGGAGACCCCACGGAGAGGGAGCUCAAGGUGUCUUUGGAUGAGAACGAGCUGUGGCAAAAGUUUAAGGAUCUUACAAAUGAAAUGAUUGUUACAAAGAAUGGCAGGCGCAUGUUUCCAGUGCUGAAAGUCAAUGUGUCUGGACUGGACCCGAACGCAAUGUAUUCUUUUUUGCUGGACUUCUCAUCUGCGGACAACCACAGGUGGAAAUAUGUGAACGGGGAGUGGGUGCCUGGUGGCAAACCUGAGCCUCAGACUCCCAGCUGUGUGUACAUCCAUCCAGACUCUCCGAACUUCGGUGCGCACUGGAUGAAAGCUCCCGUCUCCUUUAGUAAAGUCAAACUCACUAAUAAACUCAACGGAGGAGGUCAGAUAAUGUUAAAUUCCUUACACAAGUACGAACCACGGAUCCAUAUAGUUCGUGUCGGAGGCCCGCGCAGGAUGAUCACCAGCCACUCAUUCCCAGAGACACAGUUCAUUGCAGUGACAGCAUACCAAAACGAAGAGAUAACUGCACUGAAAAUAAAGUACAAUCCUUUUGCCAAGGCCUUUCUGGAUGCAAAAGAGAGGAGUGAUACCAAAGACUUAAGAGAAGAUGCCAAUGAAAACCAACAAUCUGGUUACUCUCAAUUAGGUAGCUGGUUUAUUCCAGGCACAGGCUCCCUCUGCCCUCCUGCCAGUCCUCACAGCCAGUUUGGGAGUCCCAUCUCCCUCUCCCCGUCCCACGGCUGCGAGCGCUACUCCACCCUGAGGAACCACCGAUCUGCCCCCUACGCCAGCCCAUACGGCCACAGAACCAACUCACCCACCGGUUACUCUGAUAACUCUUCACCUUGUCUGUCGAUGCUCUCGAGCCAUGACAACUGGUCCGGUCUUCAGAUGCCAACACACUCGAGCAUGAUGCCCAUGACCCACAACUCCACCUCUGGUACCAACUCCAGUCAGUACACCAGCCUUUGGUCAGUGAGUAACUCGCCCCUGACUCCAGUGUCCCAGAAUGGAGGGAUAAACAGCUGCCUGAGCUCCCAGUUCCUCCGAGGGUCCGGCAGCCACUAUCCCAGCCUGUCUCACUCAGUCACAGUGCCCUCCUCUGGCUCUCCCAUGUAUGACAGCGGCGCAGCCACAGAAGUGCAUGACACGGCUGCUCAGUACGACGUCUCACCACACGGUCGACUGCCUUCAGCCUGGACGCCCGUCACACCUCCGUCCCUUUGA